AUGUUCUUGUUUAUCAUGCGUGAGUGCAUUUCUGUCCACGUCGGGCAAGCUGGAGUCCAGAUGGGCAAUGCCUGUUGGGAGCUGUAUUGCCUGGAGCAUAACAUCCAGCCAGAUGGACAAAUUGCUAGUGAAACAAAUAAUGUCAACACGGACAGCUCCUACGACACCUUCUUCUGUGAGACUGUAGCCGGCAAGCUUAACCCCAGAGCCAUUUUUGUGGACCUGGAGCCCACAGUGAUUGAUGAGGUGCGCACUGGGACAUACAAGCGUCUCUUCCAUCCAGAGCAGCUAAUCACAGGCAAAGAGGAUGCUGCCAACAAUUAUGCCCGGGGACACUUCACCAUUGGAAAGGACAUCAUUGAAUCGGUACUGGACCGCAUUCGAAAACUGGCUGACCAGUGUACAGGGCUGCAGGGCUUCCUGAUUUUCCAUAGUUUGGGAGGAGGCACUGGCUCUGGUUUUACCUCUCUGCUCAUGGAAAGGCUAUCAGUUGACUAUGGGAAGAAAAGCAAAUUGGAGUUUGCCAUCUACCCAGCACCUCAGGUCUCUACUGCUGUAGUGGAACCCUACAACACCGUUCUGACUACACACUCCACCCUGGAGCAUUCAGACUGUGCCUUCCUAGUUGACAAUGAAGCCAUUUAUGACAUAUGCAGGAGAAACCUGGAUGUGGAGAGACCUACUUACAACAAUCUCAAUCGACUCAUUGGUCAGAUUGUGUCAUCCAUCACAGCUUCCUUACGCUUUGAUGGUGCCCUAAAUGUGGAUCUUACAGAGUUUCAGACCAACUUGGUGCCAUAUCCCCGUAUCCACUUUCCCCUAGUUGCUUACUCUCCAGUUAUAUCUUCAGAGAAGGCUUACCAUGAGCAACUCUCUGUGGCAGAAAUUACUUGUUUUUGCUUUGAGCCAUCCAAUCAGAUGGUAAAGUGUGACCCACGCCAUGGCAAAUACAUGGCCUGCUGUCUGCUGUACAGGGGUGAUGUGGUACCCAAGGAUGCGAAUGCUGCCAUUGCUGCCAUCAAAAGCAAGAGAUCCAUUCAGUUUGUAGAUUGGUGUCCGACAGGUUUCAAGGUUGGUGUCAACCACCAGCCUCCCACAGUGGUGCCUGAUGGGGAUCUAGCCAAGGUACAGCGUGCUGUCUGCAUGUUAAGCAACACCACAGCCAUUGCAGAUGCUUGGGCUCGUCUAGACCACAAGUUUGAUCUUAUGUAUGCCAAGCGAGCAUUUGUGCACUGGUAUGUAGGGGAAGGCAUGGAAGAAGGUGAGUUCUCUGAGGCCAGGGAAGAUCUGGCUGCCUUAGAGAAAGACUAUGAAGAAGUGGGCAUUGACACGGUACAGGGUCCAUAUGAGGAGGAGGAAUAUUACACAGGGACAAUAUAA